AAGUAAGAAUUGUAGCCCGUCAUAUUUUGUAGAUAUAUUAAUUCAUCUUUUAUCACUAUAGUAUGCAAUAUGCAUAGAGUAGAUAGUUAUUUGCUAUUAUUUACUAAAGGUAAAUAUUGAUAGCUUACCUAAAAAAAAAUAUGCCAUAUUGUUACAGUUUAUUUCUUAAACAGUUGUUCAAAUUAAUUCAUUUUUAGUUUAUCCAUCGUCAUUUUUAAGACGAUUGUUUUUUAAAAAAAUUAUCACAAUAUUUUAUUCUGAAAAUAUGGUAUCAUCAACCGAUAUUUAAUGAUUUAAAUACAUUCAAUAAUGUGUCAACAGUAUUACUAAAAAUUUUCAAAAUAUUAAUGAAGUGAUCAGCCUACAUCAGUCAAAAUCCAAAAAUGGACAAUAUAAAUAUCACAGAGCUGGCCAUUGAACCAGUAGAAAAUGUCACAAGAAUUUUGACCAGAGAAGAACAAAUGAGGGAAGAACAUAGAAAAUUACAUGAAUUGCAUAAAGGCCAUGAGUCAAUGCAUGCUGAGAUGCUGCUAAUUUUAAUGAUUACCAUGAUUGUUGCACAAAUAGUUUUAAUAGAAUGGAAAAGAAGACAUUUUAGAUCAUUUCAAAUUGUGACAUCUUUAGCGUUAUGGUUAAUACCAUUUAUAAUGUCCAUUCGUAUGUCAUAUUGGAGGUUUAUUGUAUUUUGGACAUUAUUUUCAUUGAUCACAGGGCUAGUGGUACGAAAAGCUUUAGAAAAACCUUUACAAGGAUCAACACCUAGAUUGGUGUACAAAUGGUUCUAUUUCAUCUACAAACUAACAUACGUACUUGGUAUUGUUGGAUACUUUAUCAUGGUUGCUGCAUUCUUUGGCAUCAGUGUUGUAUUCAAURUUAACCCAGCUGUAUGGAUGGAUUAUGGAUUAAUGAUUAUGUACUAUGGGUUGUAUUUUGGUGUCUUAGGACAAGAUAUUGCCGAGAUAUGUGCAUCUAAAAUGGCUGCACACUUGGGAUAUUAUACGCCUCAAGGAAUGCCAACUAGAAAUUUGGAUAAAAAUAUUUGUGCUGUGUGCGGUAACAAAUUGUUAGUUAAUGCUGGCGAAGAAGGUAUAAUUGAGUCUACUUUCCAAUUAACAUGUGAUCAUACAUUUCAUGAAUUUUGUAUUCGGGGAUGGUGUAUUGUUGGUAAAAAACAAACAUGUCCGUAUUGUAAGGAGAAAGUUGAUUUAAAAAGAAUGUUCCGUAACCCAUGGGAAAAACCUCAUGUUUUGUAUGGUCAACUAUUGGAUUGGUUACGUUGGUUUGUGGCUUGGGGACCAAUUAUAAUGAGCAUUAUACAAUUUUUAAAUUAUAUUCUUGGACUGAAAUAG